CUACUUUCAUGAAAUUGAAGAGUUUGACAGGCUUUUUUAUAGUAUGUACUCAUAAGACGGCUGGAGUUCAAGACGACUUCACUAAUUGAGGACGCUUUCAUAGCACCCUACUAUUGUUCAACAGACACCAAGAAGAUGACCGCAGACACGGAUGUGACAGUCCCUCAGGAUGGAGCGACUGCCCCUCAGGACGGUACUUUCGUCAUCCUGUACGCCAGUUCUGACCAAGCUUACGGAUUGAAACUGGAGAAGGGAGCACUCCUCAACUGCACUUUGGGCACUUUUGCCCAUGACGACAUUAUUGGAACUCCGUAUGGAUCGUUGUUGCGGGAAGUGUCUCCUUGGCCCGCGUUGCGCAAAAAACAGGCUUCGGCGGCAUACGUAGCUGCGAAAGAAGCAGAGAAAGAAGCUGGUAGUGCCAAAGAAAAUGGAGCAGAAAACGAGUCGCUAGUUGUACAUGGAGAAGACCUAGAUAAAAGUACCGACGUUGCACCAGACAGCAAGCGAGCAAAGGUGGAUAAGAGCGAGGAUGCUGUCGCUGCUAGCAAGAAAGACACAAUAACAACUUCAUCUUCUGACAAAAACACGACUACAACUGUUUCCACGGCAACAACGAGAGCUAUUUCAACCUCCACAACUCGCCGUAGUUACCUCGUUCUUCUCAAGGCCAGACCCGAAUUGAUCACUUGCAGUUUGCCGCAUCGUACUCAGAUCAUCUAUCAUACGGACAUUAGCUUGAUUUUGAGUCUCCUCGACUGCAAACCGGGAGACGUCGUCGUCGAAAGCGGCACUGGCAGUGGUUCUCUCACCUCAAGUCUCGCUGCGGCAGUUGCGCCUACUGGUAGGGUUUUUACGUUCGAGUAUCAUUUGGAACGGUUUAGACAAGCAAGGGAAGAGUUUCGAGUGCGUAGUUCAGCGAACCCGAAGAUGAGGAUGAGUCAGGUGAUUAUUCCUACAUGGGCAGAUGCAUGCAUUAAUUCGACGUCGCCUUCUACUGCUGCUGGAUCAUCAACUGAUGCUGCUGCUGGAGCCGAACAGCAGUCGCCAGCAUCAUCGACUGCGGCUUCGCCUGAGAAACAAGCUGCACAACAAAUAGACGCUGAUGCUACAACUUCUAAGGGAGAGGAGCAAGAACAAGCCGCAACUGAGGAGAAGAUCGCGCAUGGUUUCGCACCUACUUUGCGAAAGCAUUUCUCGACUUCGUCUUGUUCUAAAGGAUUGGCAGACUCUGUUUUCCUCGACUUACCCCAGCCCUGGGAGGCCGUGGACAAUGUGAAAGAAGUGCUGAGAGAAAACGGCAAACUAUGCGUCUUCUCGCCGUGUGUAGAACAGGUUGCCAGGACCUGUGAAUUACUCAGAAAUAGCGGCUUCGCAGACGUGAGGACUUUUGAGAGUCUGUGCAAAGGGUGGGGCGUUUCCAAGAAGCAUCCGGGACAGAGCAUGCAAUUACCAAUGCGGGGACACACGAGCUACGUUACGGUGGCAACGUUGGCUGUGACCAAAUGAAGAAUGCAUCGUUUGGUAAUCCGCUGAAGUGAAUGUAGGGGAUGCUUCUGAUGCGUAAAUGUUGUUGUAAAACUGCAAGACCCUCCAAACACAUGGCCACUUAAAUCUAAGAUCUAGGAGGCUCUCCGUGUUCAAUACGAAAUGACUAUGCCUCCCAUGCAACUGUUAUUUGAAACUGACCCUGAUACCAGACGAUUGAACGAUGAAGGCGAUUCUUCACCCUUCCUCUUGUUAUUCGCAAACCUUCUUUUUGCCCUACUUGAGAUAUCUAUCUGGUGUUGUAAUGCG